UUCCCUCUCAUCUCAGAACAGCACACCGCAUCUCUUUUGUCGCACGAACGAGCACCGACGCGAAUCAUGUCCCUUACCAAUCUCGAUCUAGUAAACGAAUGCGAUGGCUUUCCCUACUAUGAAACCAAUCCUGAUGUCUACCUCGCCCGAGUAGAAUCUUACUACGAGCUCUGCAUAUCCGGCUACGACUAUGCGCUGGGCUUCAUGCUCCCCGCUGUCGCCGAGGUCUUCCGCGGCGUACCACACUGGGAGCUUGACGACGAGGAGCAGACCCUGACGUUGACCGAGGGCAACGAUGCUGCAUCGCGCACUGCCGCCAUCGACAAGACACUGUUGGCAGUGCGAUCCACAGGGCACUUCAAAGUACUCGACAAAUGGAGGAACGAAAUGUACCCUGUAUAUGGGCUUAAUAAAGAGUUGUUGUUCAGCGUAGAGAGAAGCGCGAGCCCGUUGUUUGGGGUGGUUACAUAUGGCGUACAUUUGACAGCGUAUGUGAAGAAGAAUGGAGAAACGUGGGUAUGGAUUCCCAGAAGAGCGAAGACGAAGCAGACAUACGGUGGUAUGCUAGAUAAUGCGGUCGCCGGAGGGAUGGCGACAGGUGAAACAGCUUAUGAGAGCAUGGUUAGGGAAUGUGGCGAGGAAGCGUCACUGUCCGAGGAACUGGUGCGAAAACUCGUCAAGCCAGUUGGGUGCAUCACAUACUUCUCCGUACGCGGUGAAAAAGCCGGGGGCGAGACAGGACUGCUCCAACCCGAGGUCGAAUACGUCUACGAUCUCGAGCUGCCGGAAGAUGUCAUUCUUAAGCCAAAUGACGACGAAGUAGAAGAGUUUUACCUCAUGAGCGUCGACCAAGUCAAAACAGCUAUGGCUCAAGGCGAGUUCAAGCCCAACUGCGCGCUUGUCAUGAUCGACUUCUUCAUAAGACAUGGGUAUUUGACUGCGGAGAAUGAGAAGGACUACAUUGAGAUUGUGCAAAGGUUGCACCGAAGAUUUGAAUUCCCUACUCUGUGA